AUGAGCCGCCAGAAGGGCUCGCCGCGGGACCCCCGCGGGCCCGGCGCCCUGCCCAACGGCGCUCCCGGCAGCAGCUUCGAGGAAGACGACGAGCCCCUCUUCGUGCCCGGCCGCGAAGGCUCCAGCGCCGGCGGCGCCAACCUCUUCCGAGACGGGCGGACCAAGAUCGACUUCGUGCUGGUCUGGGAGGAGAAGGCGCGUCCCGCCGCCAAGCGGAGCCGCAGGAGGAGCCGCGCCCGGCCGGAGGAGCGGGAAGCGGCGUCGGCGGCUGCCCCGGCCGCGCGCCCCGAGCGCUGGCGGAGGAAGUUCGUGCACAACCUGCGCGCCGCCGGCCUCCUCCUGGAGCAGGAGGAGACGCUGAGCGAGUGCCGGAGCAUCCAGUACCUGAAGCUGAGCGCCCCCUGGCCGCUGCUGGUCUACUACGCCGAGGAGCUGAGCCUGCGGGCGCCGCUGCAGGCCCACCCCAACCCGGACAGCAACGGCUCCGACCUCCUGCUCCGCAGGCUGCGCCUGCCCAACCCCAUGGCCCAGGCGGUCCCCAGCAAGCCCCCGGACUUCUACACCUGCGCCUUCCGCAAGUCCAAGCUGGACAGGUUUCUGGGCAGCGACUGCCACGAUUCGUACUUCACCAACACGCAAAGGCAUCGCAUUGUGUACGAGAUCUUGGCCCGGACAGUCUAUGGGAAGAGAAAACAUGCCGAAGUUGGUAUUGACCGGCUCCUGAACGAAGGGGUGUAUUCUGCAGCCUUCCCACUGCAUGAGGGCCCGUUUGAGCUGCCUGAGUAUGAGGUGCCAGGAGAAGAGCUGAACCCGCGGCAAAUCCUGUACCGCUUCUGGGCACAGUGGCGCUGCUGGCACAAGUACCAGCCCUUAGACCACAUCCGCGAGUAUUUUGGAGAGAAGGUGGCCAUCUAUUUUGCCUGGCUAGGCUUCUACACUGCAUGGCUCCUCCCGGCUGCGGCUGUGGGCACCUUCGUCUUCCUGGCGGGCUUCUUUGCCAUGGGAACAAACACGCCAGCGCAAGAGAUCUGUAACAGCAGGGGUCAGUUCCUCAUGUGCCCCCUGUGCGACACCUGCGGUAACUGGAACAUCUCUGAGAUAUGCUCCAUGGCAAAGAUCGGCUACCUCUUUGACCACCCAGGGACAGUUUUCUUCAGCAUCUUCAUGUCUUUCUGGGCCGUGACCUUCCUGGAGUACUGGAAGCGGAAGAACGCCACCCUGGCUCACCACUGGGACUGCAUGGACUUCCAAGAGGAGGAGGAACGGCCCCGGCCAGAGUUUGCAGCCACGGCACCUUGCAUGGAGCAGAACCCCGUCACGGGGGUCAAGGAGCCCUACUUCCCAGCGCGGGACCGCCUGUCACGAAUCCUCACGGGGUCCAUGGCCAUCAUCCUCAUGCUCUGCGUGGUGAUGAUUUUCCUGGUGUCGGUGAUCAUGUACCGGGGGAUUGUCAGCGCAGUGAUGUACCACACUGGAAACAGCCUCUUGGUGAGCCAGGCAGGGAACAUCGCCAACCUCAGCAGCUGCAUGGUGAACCUGGUGCUCAUCCUGCUCCUAAGCCAGGUGUACACCUCUCUGGCGGAGAAGCUGACCCGAUGGGAAAUGCACCGGACACAGACGGAACACGAGGAUGCCUUCACCUUCAAAGUGUUCAUUUUCCAGUUUGUGAAUUUCUACUCAUCUCCCUUCUAUGUGGCCUUCUUCAAAGGCAGGUUUGUGCGGUAUCCAGGUCAAUAUGGCAAACUCCUGGGCAUGCGGAACGAAGAUUGUGGUCCUGGCGGAUGCCUGAUCGAACUGGCCCAGCAACUGUUUGUCAUCAUGGUGGGGAAACAGAUCAUCAGCAACGUCCAGGAGUUCCUGAUUCCCAAGCUGAAAGCCUGGCGCCAGAAGCGGAGGCUGGCUCGGGUGCGGGGGGGCCAGAUCUGCCAAGAGCCGAAGCGCUGGGAGGAGGACUUUGAGCUCAUCGAAUGCGAAGGCCUCUUUGAGGAGUACCUUGAGAUGGUGCUGCAGUUUGGCUUCAUCACCAUCUUUGUGGCUGCCUUCCCGCUGGCUCCGCUCUUUGCGCUGCUCAACAACUGGGUGGAGGUCCGGCUGGAUGCCCAGAAAUUUGUGUGUGAAUACCGGCGCCCAGUGGCCGAGCGUGCCCAGGGCAUCAGCGUCUGGUUCUUCCUCCUGGACGUCUUGGCACAGAUCUCAGUCGUUGUCAAUGCCUUCCUCAUUGCAUUCACCUCGGAUUUUCUACCGCGCCUCCUGUACCAGCAUGAGUAUGACAGCCACCUCCAUGGUUACGUCAACUUCACCCUUGCUUACUCGCCUCCUGAUUAUGUGGACAGCAACCACACCAUGUGCAGGUACAAGGCCUUCCGGGACGCCAGUGGCAGCUACACCCUCUUUUACUGGAAACUCCUGGCCAUUCGCCUGGGAUUCAUCAUCGCCUUUGAGCACGUGGUCUUUUUCUGCUUGCGCCUGAUCGACUGGCUGGUUCCUGACGUCCCGGAGUCUCUGGAGGUGAAGAUCAAGCGCGAGAGAUAUUUAGCCAAGCAGGCCCUGGCCGACAACCAGGCCAUGUUGCUGACGGUGAGUCCGGACUCCUCGGACUCCCCAGCAAGCAGCCUUCUACCCAGCAGCCUGACCUAGCAAUGCUGGAGUGGGCUGGUGCAGAGGGGCCGAAGGAAGGAUCCCUGGGAAGAUGGAGCCAUGGAGAAACUUCCGCCCUGGGCCAGCCCUCCAGGGCACAGGCUGCAGAUGGAGCUGGUGCCCGCAGGUCCUGCCUGGCUCCCCACCACCCCCUACCCUGGCGGCUCUUCUCACCUGCCGUGGAAAAGAGAAACUGCUUCCUUGCUGACUGCGACUCUGGCUCAGGCCACCUCCAGCUCCUUUGGGCUCUUGCACUUGGGGAGGUCAGCAACAGCCCCCAAGGAUUCUUCCAGCAGAGAACUGAGCCCUCCUGGGGCCUGGGGUCACUUGCACACACCCCACACCCCUCUGGUCCUGUGUUGCUUGGAGACUGUGCCUCUGAUGUGUUCAGCCAAGCAUCUUGCUGCAACAAUGGCAGGAGUGACUGUGGGGGCAGCAACAGCCCCCCUCCACUUACUUGGCUCUGACCACUUUCUCCCCUUAGACCCCCCCUUUCACUUUUGCAUGAAGGCGCAGCU